AUGGUUGCUACCGGUACCAGCAGAGAUGAAGUUCCGGCCACAUUGAAGCCGGACUAUGACAGAGCAAGUGAGUUGAAGGCUUUUGAUGACACAAAACUCGGCGUUAAAGGACUUGUAGAUGCUGGGGUUACUGAGGUCCCUCGUAUAUUCUAUCAACCGCCGGAUGACUUCGACAAGACAUCAGUACUUUCCGGCGACACCCACUCUAGUAUUCCUGUCAUAGACCUCGAAGGCAUCGACAAAGAUGUAACAAAGCGCAAGGAGAUUGUUGAAAGACUCGGUGAGGCAUCGGAGACAUGGGGUUUCUUUCAGGUUGUCAAUCAUGCGAUCCCUGUGAGUGUUCUGGAGGAGAUGAAGGAAGGUGUGCGUAGGUUUUUUGAGCAAGAUGAUGAGGUGAGGAAAGAGUUGUAUACGCGCGACCUCACGAGAAAGUUGGUGUACAACAGCAACUUUGAUCUCUAUAGCGCACAGGCAACCUGUUGGAGGGAUACAUUUCUUUGUAUAAUGGCUCCUGAUCCCCCCAAGUCAGAAGACUUGCCAGCUGCAUGCAGAGAUAUAAUGGAAGAGUACUCGAAGCAAUUGAUGAAGUUUGCAAUUAUAUUGCUGGAGUUGUUAUCGGAGGCUCUUGGGCUGAAACAAAACCACCUAAAUGAGAUUGACUGCGGUGAGGGUGUUGCGGUUCUGUGCCAUUACUAUCCGGCUUGCCCGCAGCCAGAGUUAACAAUGGGGGCGGGCAUGCAUACUGACAAUGAUUUCUUCACUGUGCUUCUACAAGACCAUAUUGGUGGCCUCCAAGUUUUUUACCAGGACAAGUGGAUCGACAUCCCUCCGGUGCCAGGGGCUCUGGUGGUUAACAUUGGAGAUCUUCUACAGCUUAUAACAAAUGAUAGGUUUAAAAGCGGUGGACACAGAGUAUUGGCAAAUCGGGCAGGGCCAAGAGUAUCUGUGGCCAGCUUUUUUUGCACAGGUCUUCGGGAAACCUCAAAAGUUUACGGACCUAUCAAGGAGUUGUUGUCGGAGGAUAAUCCUCCAAGGUAUCGGGAAACAACGGUGAGAGACUAUUGUUCCUCCUUUGAUGAAACAGACCUUGAUGGGACUUCUGCGCUGCCACGUUUCAGGCUUUGAAUUCCGGUAAUAUUGGCCGGAGAUAAAGAAAUCAUGACAUCAAUAAAUGUGGUUUUUGAGUUGGAUUUCCGAUAUUAUUAAGUUCAGCCUAGUUUGUGAAUAAAGA